AUGAGUCAUCUCUCUCUUCUUGCCAUCGCUCUCCUCGUUCUGGGCUGCGAGGCCAACCACUUGGACCUGAAAGGUCCACCAUGUCCGGAUGGAAACGGACUUUAUGCUGUGGGGUGCAGCCAAAAGUACCUCGAGUGUGUGAAUAAUGUGGAGUACGUGCAGACGUGCCCGGAGGGACUCACCUUCGAUCGGCUCAUGUCCCGGUGUGAGCGCCGUUCCAACAACUACCUCUGCAAUUCUGAGAACCGCCGUACCCUCAAUGUCCGCCAGAAAGUCAUCGCGUUCAACUGUACUGGACGACUCAGCGGAGACUACCCACUCGACAAGACCGUAUGUAAUGAAAAUUACUAUCAGUGUUCUAAUGGGAUGUUCUUCAUGAGAAAAUGUCCUCAUCAACAAGUGUACGUCCCACUUCUCAAGCGUUGCGACUACAAGAGCAUGUGCAAUGAUGUCAAAACACAUCCUGCUCGUGCCUACGCCUCACCAACUUAUGAUGCCGAUAACUUUGUUGUCACCACCAAGGAAUUCGAGAACGGACACCAUGGAAUCGACUGCAAAGUUCAAGGAGAUAUGUACUUCACCAACGACAAGCAAUGCUCUCCAUACUUUUUCCAAUGCUCCAACGGGAAAUUGUUCAGAAAGACUUGCCCAGAAGGUUUGAUCUAUGUGCUGGACCAGAAUCUCUGUGAUUACCCACAAGGAGUGAAAGGAUGUCCAGAAUAUGAUGGCUCCGAGACUUCAUACCAGUCACCAGACUCCACCACCACUUCUGCUCCAUAUGCUCCACCAGUUGCUGCACCAGCCGCGCCAUAUGCUCCAAUUCCAUAUUCUCCAGCAAAUGAGCCAACUCAUCCACCAGCAACUCGUCCAAUUCCAACUCGUCCAACAUACAAUCCACCAAAAACUACGUACACUCCAAGAUACACUUCUGCUGCUGCUCCGACUGUUGCUCCAACUGCGGCUCCAUACGUUCCAGCACCAGCUCCAGUUGCCCCAGUCUACUCUCAACAAAUUUCCUACAAUCCAGCAAUUCAUGGAGAUUGUAAGAACAAGGAUGACGGAUUCUAUGGUAUCAAGCAUUGUCAUUCAAAGUUCUUGGCUUGUACUGGAGGAUAUGGUCGUGUUGUCUUCUGCGCCGAGAAUUUGUAUUUCGAUGAGAGAGUUUCAGCUUGUGACUUUGCUGAUGCUUGCAAUGGACCACGCAAACAAGAAGACAUCUCUGUGCUCUACAACCACGGAGGAGCUUACAAUGAGCAACCAGCUGAGAUCAAGGUCGAUUUCGAUUGUACUGGAAAGUCUAACGGAGAUUAUGUCAAGGAAGCCUGCAGCAAAACUUAUUUCCGUUGCCAGGACGGAAGAGCAUUUGCUGCCAGUUGUGCAGCUGACUUGGUCUACAACAAAGCCACGCUCACUUGUGACUAUGCUGACCAUUGUGAUAAGAACUACGUGGAGCCAUCCAAGACCUAUGGAGGAAACGACAAGCCGAUUCCAACCAUCAAGUACGAAGCUCCAGUCGUCUACACCACUCAACCACCAAAGACUACUGGAUACACUCAACCAGCCAGAGAUACCGAACGUCCAUCGACCAUCUAUGCCCGUCCAAUCUACACCAAAGCUCCAACAACUGUCGGAUAUGAGGAACCAGUCACCACUCGUGCCCCAUACACCACACACGCCACUGAAGCUCCAAUCAUUGUCGAUGAUUUCUCUUGCACCAACCUCAUCGAUGGAAACCAUGCUUCUGGACUCUGCAAGAACGUCUUCUACACUUGCUCCAACAACCAGCUGACAGCAACCAGAUGCCCAGGAGGACUUGUGUUCAAUCCAUACCUAGGACAAUGUGACUACGAGGAGAACGUCCGUGACUGCAAAGGAUACCAACCAGUUGAGACCACUACUCAGUUGUACUCCAGACCAGAGAGUACCACCGGAAGAUAUGCUGAGUAUUCCACCAGAGUCUCCACUAUCAACAGAUACGAGCCAAUCGUCACCGACGGAUACGUUCCAACCACCACUCCAGGAUACGCUCCAACUGUCACCACCGGAUACGGUUAUCCAACUGUUCCAGUGACACCAGGAUAUGCUCCAGUCAGAACCACCAAGCCACCAAGACAUGCAGCUUACUGUGAACUGCUCAGUAAUGGAAACUAUGGACGUGUCUGCGAGCAAUACUUCAUUCAGUGCUACAACUCUGAAACAUUCGAGCAAGAAUGUCCAGCUGGAUUGUACUACAGUAUUGCGAAUGACCGUUGUGAUCACAAGGAAAAUGUUGAAGGUUGUCCAGAGUACAAGCCAACUCCAACCACAACACCAGCAGCCGAGCAGCCACAACCACCAAAGUAUGGAUACAAGCCAGACAAGUAUCCAAACAUUGACUACACCACCACGACUCCAGGACCAGUUGACACCACUCCAAUUGCUGAAGCCUUCUCUUGCUAUGGACGUCCUGAUGGAAUCUACGCUCUUCCAUACUGCUCGAAGGACUACGUUCAAUGCAUUCAUGGCCGCUCUCUGGUCAGUUCCUGUGCUGCUGGACUCUUCUACAGUGAGUCAACUGGACUCUGUGACUACAAGGCAAAUGUGGAGAUCUGUGGAAACCGCAAGGGAUCCGACAUCAUCUCUACAAAUGCUUGCAGUGGAAAAGCGGAUGGAUACUACUCUGUUGGAUGCUCUUCUCACUAUUUCUCCUGCAUCAAUGAGCGAAUUCGCAAGGAGACCUGCCCAAACAAGCUCAAAUUCUCGAAGGAGAAGAAAUCCUGCCAGUAUCCAACUGAUAUCUCCGAGUGCUCCAUUUCAGUAAAUCCAGACAGAGCUCCACCAGCAGUUCCAAGUGAUUUCUGCGUCAUCAGACCAAACGGACUCCACGCUUUCAAGACAUGCUCCCCACACUACGUUGUCUGUGACAACAAGAGAGCAAUUGCUGGAACGUGUGCCACCCCACUUGUCUUCAACGGACUCAACCAACUCUGCGACUACAAGAGCAACAACAAGGAGUGUGUGAAGGACUACAUCCCUGCAGUUACUUCUUCAUACAACAGCUACACCACCCCGGCUCAGGAGCAACCAACUACCACAGCUACACCAUACGUCCCACAGACCACUACCACCGGACAUAUCUUCUACAAGGCUUCUUCUACUACCACUCAACGCUAUCAGCAGCCAACAACCACUACUACUCCGUACCAGGCUCCAACAACUACUACCACACAACGCUAUCAGCAGCCAACUACCACAACCACUCAACGGUACCAGCAACCGACCACUACCACCACCCAACGGUACGAGCAGCCAACUACCACCACUGCUGCCACCACAACUCCAUCUCGUGAUGUAGAGAUCCCAACUACUACUACUGGUUACAAACCGUAUGAAGAGACCACCACCACUCCGGCAAGAGAUGUCACCACUACCACUGCCUCGUAUGUUCCAACAACCACCGCUCAUCAAUCUUGGUAUUAA